CUCUCUCUGUGUGCAUCUUUCCUGUUGUAGGUGGAUACAGUUUGAUGAAUCAGAUGUGAAGAUGGAACUCUCAAACCAUGCCAAACAAUUACUAUUGCAGCUGAACCAACAGAGGAGCAAAGGUUUCUUCUGCGAUGUCAUCAUCGUGGUGGAGAAUGCCCUGUUCCGCGCCCACAAGAACAUCCUGGCGGCCAGCAGCAUGUACUUCAAGUCCCUCGUUUUGCACGACAACCUCAUCAACCUGGACACGGACAUGGUGAACGCCGCCAUCUUCCGCCAGAUCCUGGACUUCAUCUACACCGGCAAGUUGCCGAUGACCGAGCAGGCCAGCGAGCAGAACGUCAACGGCCUCCUCACAGCCGCCAGCUACCUCCAGCUCCACGACCUCACCGCGCUGUGCCGCAAGAAGAUGAAACGCAACGGCAAGAGCCUGCACCACGGCAAGCUGGCGGGGGGGCCCAACCCGGGCAAACCCGGGCGAGGCCACCGACUGCCGUCCACGCCGGCCAUCCAGAGCCGUUUCGCCGGCUCGCCCGACGGGCUGAAGCGGCUGUCGGCGAUGGAGACGGGAGGCGGCGGCGGCGGCGAGGAGUUUUACGUCCCCAGCUCCAACAAGGGCUCCUCCUCCUCCUCCUCCUCACACCCGCGCGGGCAGAAGGGCGGCAAUGGUAACGCCAACGGCGGCGACCGGGACGAGCAGAUGCUGGGCCUCGACCUGUCGAAGAAGAGCCCGCCGUUACCGCCGGCGCAGCACCAGCAGCAGCAGCCGCCGCACAUGGCGGCCUCUCAGGAAGACAUGCAGCUGGGGGAGUGCGGGCAAGGGUCGCCCAACUCCUCCACCGCCAACGCCGAGGACAGGGCGGAGGGCGGCGAGGGGCCGGACAGGAGCGAGGGCGGAGACGGCGGUGGCCAGGGCGCGCCCGACACCACCGGGCAGUCCAAGGGCUACCACCGCCUGGCCCCGCAUCACCCGCCCGGCUGGAUCAAGCACGAGAUGCCUUACGGGCGGCAGGACAACUGUAGGGAGGACGGGUCGACGCUGAUGAACGGUGUGAUCAUGGGGCCUCUGGUCAAGUCUCUGGACCGGGACCGGGAGAGGGAGGGGCCCCACCCUUACUGCAAGGAGGUAGGGAGGGGGGGGGAGGAGGAGGAGGAGAACGGGAAGGAGUACAGCGAGGAGAGCGGGCAGAGCGAGGAGGACACCGGACAGCCCAGCGCCCACGCCUACCGCCCUGGCCCGGACGGCUUUGAGCCGGUGGUGUACGGAGACAACUUGUACGUCUGCAUCCCCUGCGGCAAGGGCUUCCCCAGCUCGGAGCAGCUCAACUCGCACGUGGAGAGCCACACGGAGGAGGACCUGUACAUCAAGGAUGAGGAGGCGGCGGCGGAGGGGCUGGCGGCCCAGAGCCUGGCCUUCGCCGGCGACUCGCGGCCCUACAAGUGCUCGGUGUGCGAGAAGAGCUACCGCGACCCGUCCACGCUGCGCCAGCACGAGAAGACCCACUGGCUCUCCCGGCCCUUCCCCUGCAACAUCUGCGGCAAGAUGUUCACCCAGCGCGGCACCAUGACCCGCCACAUGCGCAGCCACCUGGGCCUCAAGCCCUUCGCCUGCGAGGAGUGCGGCAUGCGCUUCACCCGCCAGUACCGGCUGACCGAGCACAUGCGGGUCCACUCCGGCGAGAAGCCCUACGAGUGCCAGGUGUGCGGCGGCAAGUUCACCCAACAACGCAACCUGAUCAGCCACAUGCGCAUGCAUACCUCACCCACAUAGAAACCAAAGACUCCGCGCGCACCUCAUCUCCC